AUGGGUGAGGUGUACAAUCGGAUCCGACUAGGUCAGUUGUGGGUGAAUGCGGAGCGUAAGCUGACGCCCGGUGCAGAACGUAAACUUCAAGCUCAACUCGGAGAUGCAGCGGACUCCAUGAUGACAUUUAGUUCAGAUGACGUUGCAUUCACUGCCAGAAUCAGUACCCCGAUGAAGCAGCGUCGCGUUGACUUGACAUCAUCGACGUGUUCAUGCUUAACGCGGACUCAACAUCGAGAUGCGUGUCGCCAUCUAAUUGCGACUCUUCUCGAGUGCAACGUGGUAGAGUCGGCGUAUGAGUUGAGGGGUGAAUGCUAUACAGUGGCCUCGUACCAAGAAUAUCUAUCUCAAAACACUAGAGAUCCCUGA